AUGACAUCCAGCAGGAAGCCUGGCCUACGCCGGCAAUCUGCAUCUCUGGCACAAACCCGCCAGUAUCGUGCUAUAGAUGAUUACUUCCAUCGUUUCUCCUUCCAUACCGACGUUCCAACCAUCGCUCCUGACCUUACGAAGGUGCGAAACAAACGGAAGCCUCCUAGGGUGAACGACGAAGAUUGGAAGUCGGCGUGGUAUAACUGGCUCAUGAUGUCUCAUAAUAUACGCUCAUACACAUCGGGCUUUACUGUCGAUGGUUUAGAUGUCACGCUGUGGUACGCGGACCGUAUGGGUCUCGUGUAUUCUUCCCCCUUCAACUUCCUCCAACAGCCUCAUCUUCUUCUCCUCGUCAUCGCUGCAUUGGGUUCCGCCGACCUGUCGACAUUGGGAGUCUCACCCUAUCUAGAGUUUCCUUCCAGGACUUUCCAAGCUUGGCACGGUGCGACCAUAGUGGUGCCUGACGGACAUGCUCGAGACAUCGACAAUAGGGCCCUUGAGCAGCUAGUCUUCAACGUCGACAUCUGUCGGAAGCUCAGCAUGCAAUCGGGAAUACUUUGCAAAGGAACAGCUGUUCUUCCUAUCAUGGCCAUCGGCACUGCUGCCCAAAAAUUUGGUCGUGAUGAACUGGUCGUGAAGGCUGCUUGGCCUUUCGGAGCGGUUUCGUCGGAACACCGUCUCAUCAGAAUGCUUACGAGGGGUCUCCGCCGCCAAAAGCCCGACUUUUUGAAGCAUGUCGUGGAGCUUAAGUGCUCCGUUAAUCGUUCCUUAAAGGAGCUAAACCUCCCGAGAAUCUUCAUACAUGGCCCGCCCAUUUGGAAGAGCUCGAAUAGCCCUGUCUUUCGCAUGCAGAUUAUGAAAAAAUACGAGCGGCUGCAAUGCAUCGAGUGUGUGGACGAGUUCAAGACUGUUUUCGUCGACGUUGUGCGAGGUGAGCAAAGUUUGACGAAUCCUCUGUAUCUGCUGACCUCUUGUCGUAGCACAUCAUUGGGUCUGGGAGACAUCGAAGGUGCUCCAUCGUGA